AUGCUGGCUAUAUACUUUCAGUCGCUACGCAAGAUUCCUGAUUUGAAGGUUGUGGGCGAGAACUUGCAGGUAGCGGCGCAGUACAAGUUGUGGUGGGAUCUUGGAAUGAGUCCAAGUGAUGUCGCCAAAUGUCUGGGCAUUACUGAGUUGUUGGAGUCCGGGAAAGUAAUGAGUGAUCCAAGUUUUAUCAUUUAUUUCGGAUUCAUCGAGGUGUGGUUACGGAAAAUAAAAGUCGAUUGA